UAUGAAUAAUAUGGCGCCGCACUCUGCAAUGGUAAUGUAUGCACUACUCAUCUUCUCGAUGAUGUUCCUUGGAGGAACAAUGGGUGAGAAUGUGACUUCGACUCCUGAUGCAACUACCACAGAUGUAUCCUUUAGUAGCAUCGGUGCAUUAGAAGAUACCCAGACCACACUGUAUCCUCCACAAGAUGAUGUCUUUGAAACUGUCACCUUCAAUACCUUAGGUUACGGUAUUGGUUCCACGGAGGAAAUAGAGGUCACGACUAUGGGUACUGACCUUUUUUUCUGGGCACCAGUGCUUUGGACAUGGAACAUGGUCCUACAAUUAGUCCUAGGAAUCUUAGGAAUCAUCGGAAACCUUCUGGUGAUAAUCGUCUUGUUUAAACGAAGGUCUGCCAGUAGAUCUACGGACACUCUAAUAGGAGCUCUGGCCUUUGCUGAUUUACUGACUUCCGUGCUGAUCAUCCCCAUCCCAGAAGCUAAAAUCGUACCCUCCACCUGGGUUGGCGAGCUAUACUGCCGAAUCCUCUUUACAUCCUUCUUCAUGUGGCUAUCUGUCAGUGUGUCCAUUUUUACCCUGACAACCAUAUCCAUGGAGCGCUUCUUUGCCGUCGUGUUUCCCAUCAAGUUCAACCGCAUUCUGCGGAAGCAUCACGUUGUCCUUGCCAUAUUGUUGAUCUGGCUAGCAGCCAUUGUCGCAGAUAGUUUCAUCCCACUCUCUAUAUCCGUAGACCCAACCACCCAAUCCUGCAUCUACUCUUACUCGUCCGAGCUAGCGGCAGAGGUUGCCGGAGUUACGUCCUUUCUUCUCCAUUUCCUGUUCCCUUCGCUCAUCAUGCUGGGCACACAGGCAAUCACCGCUCACGCCCUCUAUCGACAAGCUCUAUUCUUCGGGAAAGGUGGCGUCGAAAGUGGGGCUCGCUCAACCUCCUCUUACCGCCUCCUCAAAGCCAAGAACCGUGUGAUAAAGCUUCUCCUGAUAGUGAUAAUCAUCUUCAUAGUCUGUUGGGGGCCCAACAGCAUAGGCUACUUCCUGUUCAACGUCGGGGUGAUAGAUUACACGUACCUUUACGGCGAUCUCAAUCGCAUCCUGACCUUGUUAGCCUUCUGCAACUCCUGCGCAAACCCUUUCAUCUACACCAUCCAAUACCCACAGUUCCGAGUAGCCAUCAAAGAGUUGUUCACUGGCUCGAUGACGUCGUUUGGGGCGCUCUUCGAAGGAUUUGUGGAAUCUCCAAACUUAAACAAUUCAGCUGCCUCCUAUGAAGAUAAGAGCAAUACACAGAUGACAGCCAUCCCUGCACAGUCAGUGGCUGAAUAAUUCUGGACACCUUCA